AUGGAGCUUCCACUAUCUCAACUGCGUAGACCCUUCGAAUGGCUAACCUCCAUCUUCGAGCCCAAAGUCCGCGAAACUAACGUCCAAGUCCUCCGUAUCCCAGCCGACGGCUCUCCACCCCUUCUCAUCCGUCUGAACACCGUCGAAACUUCCGAUAAUGUUGACAGCUUCUUAAGUCACAUUCCCGACUUUCGCCGUUAUUGGGGUGAUAAAGAAGGCUUUCAUUGGCGUGACAUUGCACAUUUAGAAGUGAUGGAUCAGUCGUUGACAGAGCUUAAUGGGGCUUACUGGGGAUGGAAGAGUUUCGCUAUGGAUCUUAUGCCUAGGAGCGAGCAUACGGGCUUUCACGGGGAUGCUUUCAUCGCGAAGACGCCGAUCUGGGAGAAUGAUGAGAAUGGAGCUGUGUAUGAGGAUGUUCCUGAGACAUUCAUUGGGUCGAAGCUGAUGCAUGAGACUUUGCAAAAAUUGCAUGAGAAAGAAAUAAAGGAUAUGAGGGACAAUGCAAGGCAGAUCACAAGCGUUGAAGCUGUCAUUUUGAGCUGUGGACUCGAGUUUUGA